UUUUAACACAACACGAGCAUUAUACGUCGGAAGCCGGUAAAAAAUCUAUAUAGCGAAACGGUACUUAUCGAUGUACAGUUUGCGUUAGUUAAGACAAAAUUGGAUAUAUAUGAUUAUACUUCAGAAAUGAUAUCAACCAAUAUCAACCACGUGGAGGUGACUACGACCGACACUCGGAAAGUGCAUGGAUACAGCCAAUACUCACUGCUGUCUCAGUGAAACGUGGAAGACAUUGAAAAAGCAAUGUCUAAAAUUGUUCACCUAACAAAAUAAAUGUGUCGCAAAAGAAUUGGACCGUUUUCUUUAGAGAAUAAAUAAUUGUACAAGUUCGCGCGAAACUUUUUAAACCUAUCCUACUAAUUUGCAUUUUGCAUUCGUGAGAUACGCGAGUAACCGAUGUUUAAAUAAACGCCAAAUCAAUAUUUGCGUUGGCGAUUUUUUCUUAAUCGCAUACAUUACUCUAAUCGUGACGCAUACAUGUAUGAGGAAUAGAAAUUCAUGCAUAUAAAUAUACGUGGAGAAUAUGUAAGUGAUCUAAGCAUUUACGUAUUUGUAGUUCCGGUUGAAGCCAGUGCACGAAGAGAUGUCGUACAUGUUCGCGCGGACAGUUACUUGUUAACAUUUAGCCAUUGUGUCGUGAGGAUCUGUUGAAUAAUUGUGAUUGUUUUUCGUGUUCCCGUUAAUAUCGAAUAAAGUUAUGCAGUUUUAUAAGGAGAAGUUACUGUCGCCGGGACAAUUGAAACGACUUAGCGAGCACAAGUACAGUUGCUCGACGAACAGUCUCCUCGAUGGCCUCCUCCAACCGUGGUGGGACUGGCUCGUUAGCAAAGUUCCACUUUGGCUUGCGCCCAAUUUGAUCACGAUCGUCGGUCUGAUCGUGAACAUUGCGACCACUUUGAUCCUCGUAUAUUACAGUCCGGAUGCCAGGACCGAAGCACCAAGGUGGGCAUGCUUUUUAUGUGCACUUGGUUUAUUCAUUUAUCAAAGUUUAGAUGCCAUAGAUGGCAAGCAAGCCAGAAGAACAGGGACUUCGACACCGUUAGGUGAACUGUUUGAUCAUGGAUGUGAUUCCAUAUCAACUGUGUUUAUUGCACUCUCAGCCUGCAUAGCGGUACAGUUAGGAUAUUAUCCGACAUGGAUGUUUUUCCAGUGCUUCUGUGCUAUGACACUUUUCUAUUGUGCCCAUUGGCAAACAUACGUUUCAGGUUCUUUGAGGUUUGGUAAAGUGGAUGUCACAGAAGCACAAUUUACUAUUAUAAUGAUUCAUCUAAUUUCUGCUGUCUUUGGACCGAGAGUGUGGAUGAUGGAGAUACCAUACAUAGAUGGUCUUAUGCUUAAGUAUUUAAUAGGAGUUGUUACUUUAAUUUGUGCACUGGCAAACUUGUAUUCCAUCUUUUCGGUGAUUUUCACCGGAGGAGUGGGCAAGAACGGUUCAACUGUGGCUAUACCAGUGCUCGGUCUAGGCACGGUCAGUAACUACAUAGCCGUGUUAUUUUAUGCAGGCUACGUUCACGUAUUCCUUGAAUUCUGUAAAGUGUUUGAAUCCGGUGGAAUUGGGAAGAACGGUUCCACGAUUGCAUUGCCAUACACUGGCACAGAGGUCAAGGUGUUUCCAUUAUGGGCUGCUGUGGGCAUCGCUAUUUUACUUGCACAGAGCAGCAUAUCCGUCAUUCUUGCCGGUGGUGUCGGAAAAAAUGGCUCCACCGUCGCAGGAACAUCAGUUUUAUCGCCGAUUAUUCCAUUUAGUUUCGUGGUAGUACCGGCGUUCAUAAUUUAUAGAAAAAGUGCCGAGCACGUAUACGAAAAUCAUCCCGCGUUGUACAUACUCGCAUUCGGAAUGGUUGCGGCUAAAGUUACCAAUCGAUUAGUGGUCGCGCAUAUGACGAAAAAUGAAAUGCAAUAUUUAGACAGUUCACUGAUCGGACCGGCGAUGCUGUUCCUGAAUCAGUAUUUCAACUUCUUCAUCAAAGAAUAUUACGUUCUUUGGCUGUGUUUUAUUUGGGUUACUCUGGAUCUACUACGGUACAGUGCUCAAAUUUGCCUUGAGAUCUGCGAUUACAUGAAGAUCAAACUGUUUAGAAUACCAUUAGUGGAUCACCGAACAAGCCAGGUUUCUAAUACUGCUGAGAAAAAUGUUCGCAUGAUGGUGGAACGAGAGCCUCUGUUAGACGAGGAUUAUCAUCACGGAUCUGAUACCACCCUCGACCUAUGACGGUUGAAAAAUUAUUCGUCAACGUGAUAGCUUCUCAGGAAAUGCGCUGGGCUCCGUUCCUCGAACUCAAGACCCUUCGCACUCGGCAGAUACUUCGAUGUUUCCAUUUACUGGUUCGAUUUUACGAAAAGUGAUAUUACGAGUGCGAAGGGUUAAAGUCAGGAGAGGAGAUCAUUUUUAUCGUGAGAGACUGGUCGAUUCAGUGGGUCUUCGGGACUGUAUGAUACCGGUAUCUCCUGUGAGAUUCACAAACGAGAUACCUAAGUGCAAUUUCGUUACCGGAAGACUAUAGCUAGUGACACUGCUGUAAUAUAAGACUUAUGUUACUGGUGAAGCCUACGUAAUUUUACGGACACGAGAAGAUAAUUUUUUAGAGACGAAUCUUUCGACUUAACGUUAGACAGUGGAUACGAAUAUUUUUUUUACCGUAGUCGAAAACGUAUAGCGGCGUAGCAUAAUAAGGAAACAGGAAUUGUUGCUAACUUUUCAUUUCAUACGAGGAUUGUCUAUUUUUAUCAGAAUUUUUAUAAUCCAUCGACAUGGAUAACAGCUGUAUUAUCGGAACAUUACUUAGUCAUCGAGUCACAAAUCGUAGGAAGUUAGAAAUAAUUUUUUAUCAGACGUUUAUUGCAACACUCGACGUAGUACGCUUAGGAAAGAAGAGAAUGCAUUUCAUUUUCAGUUAUCAAUCAUAAAGAGAAGUUUUAUGUUUAUAAGGAUUCUAUAUGUUGUAACCACGACCAAUGUAAUUUAUGCGAAUGAAUAAAGUCUUGAUUGACGUUUCA